AUCAUUUUUAUUUAUUAUUUUUUGUCCUCAUCAACUCAAUAUUUGAAUUCGACCGUUGCAAUAUAUAAAUAUAUCAUAUAUAUAUAUAGAUAAAAAUCAGCUGACCGGCGAGUAGUUGAUACCAAAAACAAACAACAAAAAACAUGGAUCCAAUGAAAAUUGAAGUACCAGCAAUUGAUAAACUAUUAGAACGUGAUCCGUAUUUGAAUCUUCAUGAACAUGACAUUCGGAGAAGGUAUGGAAUUUUCAAAGACUACUUGGAGAAAAUAAAUAAAGGAGAUGGAAGUUUGGAUAAAUUUUCGCGCGCUUAUGAAAAUUUUGGAGUAAUAAUUGAUAAAAAUAAUGGAGUAGUUGCACGUGAAUGGGCACCUAGUGCUCAUAAAUUAUAUCUUACCGGUGACUUUAACAAUUGGAAUAAAACAAGUACUCCAUUCACGAAGCUGGAGUAUGGAAAAUGGGAAUUACGUCUCCCUGCAAAUGAAGAUGGCUCGUGUCCACUAAAGCAUUUGUCUGAAAUAAAAAUAAUUGUUGAAAAUGACAGAGGAGAAAUAUUUGAGCGUUUGAGUCCAUGGGCGACUUAUGUUACAUCGCCAGAGAAUCAAGUUACUGAGGGAACAACUUACAAGCAGCGUGUAUAUCAUCCUGAUGCUGAUAAGGUUUAUAAGUGGCAGUAUACUAAACCAGAGAAACCCAAAAGCUUACGUAUCUAUGAGUGUCACGUAGGUAUCGCAACAAAUGAGUUGCGUGUUGGAACGUAUCUGGAAUUCGCUAAAAAUAUUAUCCCGCGUAUUGUUAGACAAGGAUACAAUGCCAUACAAUUGAUGGCUAUAAUGGAACACGCUUACUACGCAAGUUUUGGCUACCAGGUAACAUCAUUCUAUGCUGUAUCAUCACGCUAUGGAACACCGGACGAGCUCAAAGAACUGAUAGACGUCGCUCACAAAAAUGGAAUUUACGUUAUGCUGGAUUUAGUCCAUUCUCACGCUUCGAAAAAUACUCUUGAUGGUUUGAAUAUGUUCGAUGGUACCGACUCUUGUUUCUUUCACUCUGGAUCACGUGGUGACCAUCCACUCUGGGACAGCAGACUGUUUAAUUACGGCAACUAUGAUGUCCUAAAGUUUUUAAUGUCAAACUUGCGAUGGUACAUGGAAGAGUAUCGUUUCGAUGGUUUCAGGUUUGAUGGUGUGACAUCAAUGCUUUAUCAUUCUCGAGGUGCCGGGCAGGGUUUCAGCGGCGAUUACAAUGAAUAUUUUAAUUUAAAUGUUGACGUCGAGGGUAUUGUAUAUUUAAUGCUCGCUAAUCAUAUGCUGCAUGAAAUAUAUCCAGAGAUAAUUACUAUUGCGGAAGACGUGAGUGGAAUGCCAGGAAUGUGCAGGCCAGUUGAAGAAGGGGGCAUUGGUUUUGACUAUCGACUGGGUAUGGCAAUACCAGAUAAAUGGAUAAAACUUUUAAAACAUUGCAAAGAUGAAGAUUGGAAUAUGAAUGAUUUGUGCUGGGUAUUAAUUAACCGACGAUGGAUGGAAAAAACUGUUGCCUACUGCGAAUCACAUGACCAGGCAUUAGUCGGUGAUAAGACGAUAGCCUUUUGGCUUAUGGAUAAAGAAAUGUACACGUCGAUGAGUGUGAUGAGUCCGCCGAAUCCCAUCAUCACACGUGGAAUUGCUUUGCACAAUUUAAUAAGACUUAUCACGCAUGGGCUUGGUGGUGAAGCGUAUCUUAAUUUUAUUGGAAAUGAAUUUGGACAUCCCGAGUGGCUUGACUUCCCUCGCGCUGGUAAUAACAGUAGUUUCCAUUAUGCAAGACGACAGUGGCACCUGGUCGAUGAUGAAUCACUUAAAUAUAAAUUUAUGAACAACUGGGACCGUGAGAUGAAUUUACUUGAAGAAAAAUACGGCUGGUUACAAGAUAAUCCUGCUUAUGUGAGCUGGAAACACGAAGAUGAUAAAGUGAUAGUAUUUGACCGUGCAGGUGUCGUAUUUGCUUUUAAUUUCCAUCCGACAAAAUCAUUUCCCGAUUAUACGAUCGGAGUUCCUCAAGCAGGGACAUACAAAGUCGUACUAAACAGCGAUGACAAACAAUUUGGAGGUGAAUCGAGGGUCGACAAUUCCGUUAAACAUUUUUCGAAGCCUGAGCCUUACGCCGAUCGUCCGCACAGAAUCCUUGUUUAUAUUCCAUGCCGUACAGCGAUUGUCUACGCUCGUGAUAAUUAAUAAACUUUAUCACUCAUUACCAUUAAUAUUUUUAUUAAUGAUAUGAAUUAAUAAUUUUAUAACUUUUAUUUUAGAAUUAUAUUAAAACUACUGUAGAUUUUAAAACUAAAUUUGCAAUAUAAUAAAAAAAUAAAA